AUGCCGCUCAAUUAUGCCAAGUGGGACGCUUUGGAGCUUUCGGACGAUAGCGAUGUAGAGGUUCAUCCCAAUGUGGACAAAAAGUCUUUCAUCAAGUGGAAGCAGAGGGAUAUUCACGAGAAGCGGGCUCAAGCCAAAGCUGAUAUGGAAGGCUUGCAAAAGGAACUGGAACUGAAUGCGAAUCUGGAUGGUCAGCUUAGCAAAGUGAGCGUGGCGUGGCCAUGGUUCUGGACUAUGAGCACUGGUAGCAUUCUUCGCUCUGCGUUGCAGGGAACUAGCUGA